GUCCUUUCCACUUUCGCAGCAGGAGUAGAAGGUGAUUCCCAGCGAGGAAGUUUCUCUGAGCCAGCCCCUCUGCUUCUCCAGCGUGUCCGUGGGGCCGUGGAAAGUUUCCCGAAGUCUCUUGCGCAGAGGUGGGGAAGAGAGAGCGAGGAGGAGCUCCGAUCCGCGGCUCUCUCUCUGGGCGCCGUGCGGGCUCGGAGGUCCGGUAUGUCGGCCGUGAAGAAUCUGCAGCAGUGGUGCCGGGUCAAGUGCGAAGGCUACCGGGAUGUGUCCAUCACCAACAUGACCACGUCCUUCAGGGACGGCCUGGCUUUCUGCGCCCUCAUCCACAAACACAGACCCGAACUCAUUGAUUUCGAUUCCCUAAAGAAGGAAGAUGUCUACGAGAACAACAAGCUGGCCUUUAAGGUUGCAGAAGAACAACUGGGAAUCCCAGCUCUGCUGGACGCUGAAGACAUGGUGGCUCUUAGGGUUCCCGACCGCCUCAGUAUCUUGACGUACGUCUCUCAGUACUACAACUACUUCCAUGGACGCUCCCCUAUUGGCGGCAUGGCGGGUAUAAAGCGUCCGGCUGAGGCCAUCUCCAACGAACCUUCUGGGAAGGGAGAACCAGGCGGUGGCUGCUAA